AUGCGAUUACUGUGUUUAAUAACGUUAUUCAUUGCAUUUACGAUUAAUUAUUGUGAAGAUUUGGAAAAAUAUCGUUUACUUCGUGGACAAUGUGAACGUUUUCCAUCAAAUUCUGAAUGUGUAGAACUUAAAUUAAAAUUUUUGAAUUUAGUUAAAAAAUGUCAAAAAAUUACAACACCUCAACAACGUCUUAUAUGUCAAGAAGUUCAAGUUAAAUUAUGCUUUCUUUUCCCAUCAGCUUGUGGUCAAACAACACAAAAACCAACUUCUUCUUCUUCUUCUCCAGCAAAAAAGAAAGUAACUAAAAAAAAACUUGUAACAAAACCAAAACUUGUCGAAACAACCACAACCACAACAACAACAACAACAACUGUAACAAAACCCAAAUCAGUAGUAACAACAAAGAAAUCGACAAUAAUAACAACAAUUACAACAAGCAAAGAAAAGUUAAGUAUAAAUUCUACAUUAAGUAAUGAAGAAUUUGUUAAAGUUCCAUUUGAUCCUGAUGAAUUACGAACACGUGGUGAAUAUUGUAUUCGACAUGGAAAAGAAAAAAAAUGUCAAGAAUUAUUAACUAAUCUUAAAACAACAUAUUCAACAUGUGGAAAAAAAACAGCUACACCAAAACCUCAACAGAUUGAUUGUCAUUCAUUUCAAACACAUCUGUGUAAAGCUUUUCCUAAAUUUCCACCAUGUCUUAAAAAAACAACAACAUAA